CAUUGUUUUAAUUCAACACACCGUUUUUGGUCUUCCGUAAUUUUUUCUCUUAUCAUAAAGGUGGGGUAGGUUAUUGAUGAAAUGCGCCAGGACAAACUCACAGCCAUUAACAUAGUUUUUGUUUUACUUCCUUGUAUCGUACUAAUGGAAGUUUAUAAGCCAGCCACUUACUCAGCUUGUCUCAUUCUGUCAAGGAGCUGGUAGGCAGAAAGAGUCGCUCACCCUAAAACUUUUCACUAUAAAAAAAUACAGGCGUUAUGACAUACAACACAGAAGGCGAGGGUGGUGGCGGCAAGAACAACGGCGGGAAGAGCAGAGGACGUAAAUACGUAAUAGCAGGCGUGGUUUUACUGUUCCUGGCGACCUUAGCGACAUCUGUGGCUUUUUUGGUGGUUUUCCUGUCACGUGAAAGCACCGAAGAUGUAUUGAAGCUACGAUCUGCCCUUUACAAUAGGCAGAACGAUGUAUUUAGUGUGGAAGUGGGAUUGGACCGCCAGAGGGCGCUGGAAGCAGUUCAUUAUAUUCCACAUGACCAAAAGACGGAAACCUUUGUUGUCUACGAUUAUAAAGCAAGAAAAGUCGUCCUCAGACUGAUGGACGACAUGACCUGCUACAUCCGGGACAUGCAGCCCUCCAUGACAGAAGAGGAAAUAGAUGGCGUGCAGAAAAGUUAUGAAACAGAGAAGAACACAGCACUGAGGAUUGGCAAAGUGGAAAACCAGUACUACCAGGCGCUGAAUGUUCCGGUCGACACAUCCGUGCUGAGCGAGGCCAUUUUGGAAUUUUGCUCUGGUCUCAAAUUGCAAUACCUACAGCUGAUGUCGAAGGAUGAUAACCCGACAUCAACUCACCACAACAGCAGACGCAAAAGAGGUAUCUUUGACGACUUCAUGGCUUACGCCAACCAGAGAUUUGCAGGCAUUCGUGCUGCGCUGGGUGCCUUCCAAAAUACCAAACCAAAAGGUUCUGACGUCGGAGUCUUGUCGGUAGAUGGGGCUUUACCAGACGUUUUACCAGACAAGACAAUUCCAGUAGCCGGUACAUUUUCAGGGGAGGAUGAAAGCGGUACCUCCGGUGGUUUUGGGCUGUUCGACGCGUUCAGGAGACACGUGAAGAAAACUUUGAAAAAUGUACGCGGGCGUAUGGCGUCUAGACGGAGACAGAAAUCAAACGGUGGUGGGGACGUUGGGGUUCUAGGUGGUACUUUACCACAAGGAUCUGGUGGAGCCAAACCAGGAGAAACGGACGUAGGAAGUUUUGGUGGUGUUUUACCCGAUGGUCCCGUGUUACUGGGAGGCCAUGACGACCCUGUGCCAGGUCUCCCUGACCCGUAUGCCCCUGAUGGCGGAAAAUCCGAUGCUGGAGUGCUUAACGUUGACGCACCUGGGGGUACCCCCAAGGAGGGUACAGAUGUCAGUGCUUUCGGUGGUGUUUCCCCUGACGCACCUCCCGUAAAUCCCCUUCCAAAGGUCCCAAAAUCCGACCCAUUUCCACGCAAGACACCCGGCUCCUCCAGAAACUCUCCCCGUAGAGUCUCGUGUACCCGGAAGGUGCAGUGCACGUUUCAGGAGCUCGGGUGUACGGUCCGCCGAGAGAGGUUCUGUCCCAACCCGUCCUGGGCUGACGCCUCCGAGUGCGAUGACUGGCAGUACACGGACGUGAAAGCGUGCGCUAAUGUUAGGAGAUGCCAGACCAGUUGUAUUUGAACACGUGCGUGGUAUUGAAGACAGAAAUAUGAGGAGAUGCAAUUCCAAUCCACAGCUCAAUAUUGAGGACACACAAAUAUCAUCAUCAAAUGGAGGGAGAUCAAUUCACCUUAAGUACACGUCUGGAAACUCUAGUAAGCAAUUAACAUGAAGCUAACAAGCGUUUGUAAUUACAGAAUGUCCACAGAUGAGCUUUAUUUACUCAUAAUCUCUCUAGAACUUUCACAAACUGAGAGACAAACAAAACAAUAAUAUAUCAUAAAAGAAGCAUUGAUAUUUUCUUUACGUGUUACGCAUACCCUACAUAAUUAGAAAUCAUUAGAUCUGUAACUUCACUAAGUGCCUUUAAUAAGCCAUACCUCGCCAUGGUAUUGUCGAAAUACGAUAACAAACAUUUAACAUUAAACUAAAUAAAAGAAAAAAAACAUAAUAAACCAACAUACUUUAACUCGGAA